AGUCCUAAUUACAAUUCUAAAAUCCACCCGACGCCGGAGAAUGUCGACGUGGCAGAUAUUCUCCGACGCCGGCAACAGUUUCCGGUGGGAAAUCUACGACCGAGACCUCCAAAUCAAUCCCGAUGACGAACAUUUUGAUUCACCGAACGGCAGCUCUCGUCUACCUUCCAUGUCAGAUCUUGUUCUCCAAGGGUGUUCGAAGCUUCUGGAAAAUCGCGAUGAAGGCGUUGGGAGCUCUCCGAUGUUCCGAACCGGGUUGGGAAAAUCGGUUGCGGUGAAGCAGUCUUCGAUAGCCAAGGCAUUAUCUGUUCUCGGCGACGACACAGGCCAAGUGCUAGCUAGAGAUAAUGGAUGUGGUUCCUCAAAUUCUCUCUUCCAGACGGGCUCUGGGAAAACUGUCAAUAUAUCUUCAGAUGGUCUGGUUAGAGCUAAAACAUUGUUGGGAUUGGAAGAAGAUAAUGAUAAUUGUAUUUUUCAAGGUCUUCAACAUUCAGUGAAGCCAUAUAAUCCCAAUGGACCAUUUGGAUGGAAAAGUCCAUCCCAUUCAGAAAUGAGAGACUGUGUGAGCAAUUGUGAUAUUAAGGAUGGUACAUCAGUUUCGAGACCUUUGUUAACUUCCAUGUCUGGUUCAGCAGGAAGCAGAUUGAAGAAUCAGGCAAAUCCAAACGUUAUGCAACCUGAAAUGCAGAGUUCAGCUCUCAAACCACCUCCAAUCAAGUUCCACACGGCAGGUGGAAGAUCUAUAUCUGUCUCCAGUGAUGCACUGAAGCGUGCUAGGAGCCUUCUUGGUGACCCGGAGUUGGGAACUUUCUUGAAUGAGGAGGAUGCAGAUGAUUCACUUUUUUCAUUUUCAGAGGCCAGAUUCAAUGAUAUUUUGUCAAAUGAGGGAAAUGAUCCUUGCACUCCCUUUUAUUGCGAGGAAAUGGCAAACAACAAAAAUUCGUCAAAAAGUUUUGUAACCCCGUUGCGAUCAUCUUCUAAUCAAGUGCAGUUAUCAGUCAAGUCAGAACAUAUUAUUUCAGGGAAUAACUUGAUCAAAGAAUUUGAUGCUGUUCAUUAUGACAGUGUUUGUAGGUUAAAUACUAAUGCAUCUUCUCUAGAGAAGCGUCUAAGCGACAGGCAAGGUGAUCCUAAUACAGCAGCAAAAAGUUCUUUGGCUAAUGGUGUCAGUUCAAGGAUUAGUCCACUUGGACGGUCACCAGCCAGACCAUUGGUUGAUAUUUCAAAUACCAUUGGCACAGUUUGCAAAAAUAACGGACAAAUAGCUAAUGUAAAGAGAAUACUUGGAAAGAGUUCUGCUUCUCCGUUCAAAAAGCCCCGCAGUUCCAAAUUCUCCACUCCGUUGAAUAAGAAUGUUCCAUUAGUUCCUAAUGGUUUAUCUACUCUACCAUCUGAACACUCAAGUUGCAGAAAGAGAAUUUCCUCACGAUACCCGUUUCAGAUUCCAAGAAUGUAUGUCAAGGAAUAUUUUAAAGCACCACCAUUACACCAGAAUACGUUGGAGCUUUUGUCAGACCAGGUCAGAUGCAUCACAUCAACCAAUGCAGAAAAGUACAUGUUUCAUGACGAGUCUGGCUUAAAUUGCAUUGGACCAGAAGCUUUUUUCCACAUAUUGGCUCAGUCUGGAGCAUCCAUGCAAUAUGCUUCAAAAGAGUGGGUCAUAAAUCACUACAAGUGGAUUGUUUGGAAACUAGCAUGCUAUGAGAGAAGCUAUCCCACUAAAGCUGCUGGAAAGUUUUUGACAGUGUCCAAUGUGCUCGAGGAAUUGAAGUAUAGAUAUGAAAGAGAAGUCAAUCAUGGCCACCGUUCUUCAAUCAAGAGAAUUCUGGAAGGGGACGCAUCACCUUCUUCAAUGAUAGUUCUAUGCAUUUCAGCUAUUUGCUCAAAUUGUGACCUAAAGACUGAGACUUCUUCCAUGGCAGCAAUUGGGGAUGAAUGUAGUAGUACAACAAAAGUUGAACUAACUGACGGGUGGUAUGCAAUGGAUGCUGUUUUGGAUGUACCACUGUCGAAGCACCUUGCUGCUGGAAAACUGUAUGUGGGACAGAAACUUCGGAUCUGGGGAGCAGGAUUAUGUGGCUGGGUUGGGCCUGUUUCACCCCUUGAGGUGUCAAGGACAGUUAGUUUGCUAUUGCAUGGAAAUGGGACAUAUCGAGCUCAUUGGGCUGAUCGACUGGGAUUCUGUAAAGGUGUUGGUUCUCCUUUAGCAUUUAGGUGCAUUAAGUGUAAUGGGGGUCCAGUCCCCCGGACCUUAGUUGGAGUCAGACGGAUAUACCCUGUCCUCUAUAAAGAGAGGUUAGGCAAUGGAGGGUCUAUUGUGAGAUCAGAGAGGAUGGAGAGUAAAAUGGUGCAAUUGUACAAUCAAAGGCGAGCUACUGUUGUAGAAGGCAUCAUUUCCGAGUUUCAAAGAGACAUAAAAGGUUCACAUGAUUUUGAUGACAAUGAUAGUGAAGAAGGAGCAAAAAUUUUAAAGAUACUUGAGACAGCUGCAGAACCUGAAGUAUUAAUGGCAGAGAUGAGUCCGGAGCAACUAACAUCUUUUACCACUUAUCAAGCAAAACUAGAGGCAACCAGGCAGGCAAACACGGACAAAGCAAUUGAGAAAGCUUUGGAAGCUGCUGGCUUAGGUGAGAGAGAAGUCACCCCAUUUAUGAGGGUGAGGAUAGUUGGAUUAACUAAGAAAAUCUGUCAUGGAAUGGACAGCCCUAAGGAAGGCUUGAUAACAAUCUGGAACCCAACAGAGAAGCAGCAACAUGAGCUGGUUGAGGGGCAGGCUUAUGGUAUUGCUGGACUUGUGCCGUUUAAUUCUGAUGCAGAUACCCUAUACUUGCAAGCAAGAGGAUCCACUACCAAAUGGCGGCCUUUAUCUUCCCAAGCAACUGAACACUUUAAGCCAUUUCACAAUCCUCGCAAAUCAGUCUUAUUGUCAAAUUUGGGUGAAGUUCCUCUUUCCAGCGAAUUUGAUAUAGCUGCCGUCGUUGUGCAUGUGGGGGAGGUUUUUACAGCUCCUCACCAAAAGAAACAGUGGGUGUUUGUGACAGAUGGCUCCAUUUCCGAGUCACAGUCAGAAGACUUAUCCAAUUCUUUACUUGCCAUCCGCUUCUGCACUCCAUACAUUAAUGAUGGUUCGUUUGCACCCAUCAACUCUAAUCUUGCGGGAUCCACUGUUUGCUUCUGUAAUCUUAUCAAGAGAGCGAAGGACCAAUUGAAUCAUCUUUGGGUAGCAGAAGCUACAGAGAAUUCAAUCUACUUUCUGAAUUCUGAUCCUCCCCAUUGUGCUCACCUCAAAAAUGCAGCUGCCUUUGCUCAAAGAUGGGCACAGAUCUCUAGCUUGACUAUUGAUAAGCUUAGGGAGAAAGUUUUAUUUAUUAUUGGUGAUUGUAAAAGCUAGAUUAUAAAUGUAGCUGAUCUAAACUGACGAGGCAAAGUCAACGGAUAUGGCGAGUCCAUCAUUCAGAAUGCUUGAAAAGCUUCAUUUGGUGGCACAAUCUGGUUCCUGGUUAGAAUGUCUGCCUCUUCUUUGCGCUUGAACUCUAUAACUAUUGAUGUUGAAAGAAGCUUCGAUUAUAGUUUCUUUUUGCAUGUCUUUAUCGCCAAAUGUUGAAAGAAUCUAUAAAUGUGACACUAUGUAUGCAGUAGCAUGAGCUUCUUCAGUUUUGAGCCAACUACCAUUUUUUUAGAGGUUUUGGUUGAUUGAGCAUGUAUAGUUAUUACCGUUACUAAUACAAUUUUGUUAAACAUUCUGUAAGCAAUUUUGCUAUUUUUACCUUUCUGGGUGGAAGGGCUGAAUACUAAACUGCUGGAGGGCUGAGGUAGGUUUAAUGUUCAGUCUGUAAUGGGGAUACUUUCUCACAAUUACUAAGA